UUAAAUUUUUAAAUGCUGUCAGUAAAUAAUUUAGCGUCAACGGUGUGCUGAAAUUCUCUGUUCAGUAAUUAGAUAUUAUUGUGUUUAUUUCCAACGAUAGUCAGUAUAUAAAAUAUACUUUAAAAAUCUGGUUAAAGUAAUUUAGUAAACACUACGUGCAUUCUUUCGCUGCGAUCAAAAAGUACCCAUUCGGUAUGCCCUGCCUUGUACCGACCUGUGACAGCAAUGGGGUAACAUUGAAGCCGUUCCCCAAUGUCGCUAUGCUUGCGGAACGCUGGCUCGAAGCAAUUCAUCUAGGAUGUGGACUCGUGAUAGAAGUUGUAAACGAUCAGGAUCAUCUCGAAAUUUGUGAUGCACACUUUCCGCCUUUGGGGAACUCAAAAUUGGACGGUUGCCGCUACCGUGAACCCAGCAGAUUUGCGAACUGUGAUGGAAGCUACGUGGACGUAAGCAGUUGUCGCCUUUGUCUUGGAUUCUAUCACAAAACCGCCAUGGUCAUGCCAAAAUCGACCUCUAGCGAGAAACGUCUUGUAUCCAAUAUUUACGAAUUAUUCAAUAUAGAUCUCCAACACGAUGAUCUGCUGACAUUAAUUUGCCAAGAAUGUUUGGUCCGAAUUGAGAUACUAAGUACGAUCAAACAAAAAAUCACGGAAACGGAUCGCGCAUAUCAACAACUGGUGCGGAUUGGACAGGAACAUAUCUUAGCACACACUGUUAAGAUCGAACCAGAUCCCUUUCCAGAUGAAAUUAUUAAGGAAGAAGCGCUUUCGGAAGAUUUGUUCGAUCCGGAACCGUAUGUGGAAGAUAACAGCAGUGACGAGUGGAAACCGGAUGAGUCCGAAAUAUCCUCAAAGGUACAAAAAAGCCAACCGAAGCGAGGUGUUAAACGCACUAAACGUGAACAAAAGAAAGAACCACGAGUUAAGCACGAAAAAAAGAAGGAAAGUGUUGUGGAGAAUGUUAAGCGAAAGUGCUAUAUAUGUAAAACAUUUCUCGCCGAUGCCAAUGAAUUGGUAUCUCAUCUCAUAGAAAACCAUACCAGUGAAAAGGUUUAUCGAUGCGAGGAAUGUUCACUGGAUAUCCCCGUUUUGACAAUGUACAAUCGUCACUUGAGCAGACACGAUGAAACGGAAAGGCCAAUCAAAUGCAGCGAUUGUCCUUUGCGAUUUGUGUCACCUCUGCAGUGUAAGAAUCAUGAAAAUAUAAUUCAUGGAGCAAAGCACAACAUAAAGUUAGGCAAACAUAGGGAAAGGGAAAUAAUCUGUGAAAUGUGUGGUGAAAAAUUUCCACAAAAAGGUAGACUUAAAGAUCACAUUCAGAAGGUGCAUCUGAAAAUCGGAAUUCCCAAGUGCGACAAAUGCGAUAAAACUUUCACGACCACACAUAGCCUCGAGCGACAUAUGCUGCUGCAUACCAACGUGAAACCUUACUCUUGCGAUCAGUGUGAUAUGACCUUUCGGCGUUUACUCGAUAUGCGGCGCCAUAAGAGUGUGGUUCACGAUGGCAUUAAUCCGUACGUCUGUGCUGAUUGUGGUAAAGAAUUCAGAGGCUAUCAAGCCCUGUAUUGGCACCGUCAGAAAACUCAUCUAGGGAAAGCAGAUGCCCGUAGCGCUGCCAAACGAACAAGUUAUCUAUAUGACAUUUGUAAACUUUGCGAUGCACGCUUCGGCAAAAUGACCGAAUUGGUUGAACACAUUAAACAAGAUCAUAGUGACAUAGAUUAUCCUCUUAUAAAAUGUGCGGAGUGUCCCCAAACCUUCUUCACCCCUCAGCAUCUAUCGAAGCAUAAAUCCAUCCACACUGACAAGUAUGCCUGUGCACUAUGCGGCACUCGCCACUGCAACACGUACCAACUGCAGUGUCACAUAGAUUCCAAACAUCCCGAUGGACGUACGUUCGAAUGCCCGACCUGCGGAAAGCAAUACAAAACAACACGUGCUCUAACGAUACAUAUUGCGCUUCAUACCAAACCGAGACGGUUUCAGUGCGAGUAUUGCCAAAAGGCAUUCGCCCGGAAUUGCGAGCUGAUCAUUCACACACGUAUUCACACCGGAGAGAAACCGUUCGAAUGCGUUGGUUGUCUCAAGCGUUUCAGCGAUGACGGGACAUUUCAUAAGCAUAAAAAGAAAUGUCAAGUGCUCAAAACAGUAAGCGAACAGACGGCCAGUACGGACGAAGAGGAUUGAGUUUGAUACGGAAAUUGUAGAAUAUUGUUCUUUGUUUAUAAACUAUGAAUUUUCUGCAUGAAUAAAAAAUUAUUUUUCUUUGAAUAAACCGCAUACACUUGGUCGAUCGAUAGGUGUGCGAAUUGGUCUUGUGCCGAUAACUGUCGACCGACAUGGUCGAUUCUUCAUUGUCGAUUGGUCUGACUGAUUAUGCCCGGUCAAACCAUUCGGAAUUUGAUU